UUGCCUAGGCCUGAGAAACCGUUUGAAUGCGCCUGCGCGCAAACGUACAUCGAUCAUCUCGGUGGUUGAUUGCUCCAAGCUUAGGCGGAAACUUACAAACAGGAGAGCAUUGAGGAGCGAGUGAGUAGAGCGGUAUUAAAGAUGGCGGCUAACGUGAAUACCAACCCGUCCCAGCUUCUGCCGCUCGAGCUGGUGGAUAAGUGUAUAGGAUCCCGUAUUCAUAUUGUAAUGAAGAGCGAUAAAGAAAUUGUUGGCACUCUUCUUGGAUUUGAUGACUUUGUUAAUAUGGUGCUAGAAGAUGUCACCGAAUUUGAAAUCACACCAGAGGGAAGACGGAUUACAAAACUAGAUCAGAUCUUAUUAAAUGGAAACAAUAUAACUAUGUUGGUACCGGGAGGUGAAGGCCCCGAAGUUUAAACGGCAAGGAAAAUGACAGCAGUGUCAUCAACACCAUUUGUUUUGUCUUUUGAAAGUGAACAUUGUGUAAUGCUUUGUAGUACAGGGAGAUAGAAACCAGUUAGUUUUAUUGUUUGUUUUUUUUGGGGG